AAUUGUGAUUUCAGGCAAUUGAAAGCGUCGGAUUUUGUGCAAGGAAACUUCACCAUCUUGAUUUUGUGCGCUUAAAAUCCCCCUCGACGGAUCUGUUUGAUUUUCUCCCAUCGAUAUCGGCACAACUCCCGUUUCCCACCGGCGGUCGUCCUCACCGUUGCCGGCGUCGCCAACCCUCUUCUCCGUUCAAGAUAUCGUGAAUGGGCUAUUUUUAAUCCAGCUAAAAAACUGAAUGAUCAUUCAUAAAUAAUCGGAAAUGAGUUUAUUUCUAAAGCUUAAGCACCAUUUACCCCAUGGAUUUCACACACGUGCUCCAAUAAUUUCCCUCAAUUCCAUAAACUCAACAUGGUUGACCAGAAACUUCAGUCAACCCGCAAAACAAACACAAGAACACGAAGAAGAAGAAAUAGAAAUCGACCAAAAACGUCUCCCAACCGAUUACGACCCCACAACAUUCGAUCCAACCGAACACCGGAGCCCACCAACAGACCGUGUUUGGAGACUCGUGGACGAAAUGUCAUCGCUCACAUUACUCGAAGUGGCCGAACUCUCUUCAAUUAUGAUGAAAAAAAUGGGCAUGAAAGAGCCGCCGGUGGUGGCGGUGAUGAAACCGGGUGCCGCCGGUUUGGCCGCCGCAGGAACUGGCGGUGGGCAGGCGGCGGCUAAGGAGGAGGUGAAGCCGGAAAAGUCGGUUUUUGAAUUGAAGUUGGAGUCGUUUGAAGCGGCUUCGAAGAUUAAGAUUAUUAAGGAGGUUAGGAGUUGUACUGAUUUAGGGCUUAAGGAAGCUAAAGAUUUGGUUGAAAAGGCACCGGUUGUGUUUAAGAAAGGGGUGAGUAAAGAAGAAUGUGAGCAAAUAAUUGAGAAAAUGAAAGGUGUUGGUGCUAAAGUUGUGAUGGAGUAGUGAAAAAGUAUGAUAAAUUUGAGGUGUUUUUGUUUUGUUUUGUUGUAGGAUUUAGUGGCAUAUUUAUAGUUGAUGUGUGCUUCUGAACCAUUUCUAAAAGGGGGAAAUUUGGAUUAUUUUUUUUUGACCCUUUUGGGAUGUAUGCAAGAGCAAGAUUUAAUAAUGUGAUAUGCUUCUUUGAUGGUGUUUUGGUU